GCCCGCCGUCUCCCCCUCCCGCCGGGCCCCGGGCCCGCGCCAUGGCCGCCUCGCCGGGCUCCGGCAGCGCCAACCCGCGGAAGUUCAGUGAGAAGAUCGCGCUGCACACGCAGCGGCAGGCGGAGGAGACGCGGGCCUUCGAGCAGCUCAUGACCGACCUCACCCUGUCGCGGGUCCAAUUUCAGAAGCUUCAGCAGCUCCGCCUUACGCAGUACCACGGAGGAUCCUUACCAAACGUGAGCCAGCUGCGGAGCAGUGUGCCAGAGUUCCAGCCGUCCCUGCACCAGGCUGAUAGCGCACGGGGGACCCGCCACCAUGGGCUGGUGGAGAGGCCGGCCAGGACCCGCUUCCACGCGCUCCACCGACGGUCUGGGGACAAGCCGGGACGACAAUUUGAUGGUAGUACUUUCGGAGCCAGUUACUCCUCACAGCCUCUGGAUGAGAGUUGGCCAAGGCAGCAGCAUCCUUGGAAAGAAGAAAAGCACCCUGGGUUCAGGCUGACAUCUGCACUUAACAGGACCAAUUCUGAUUCCGCCCUUCACACGAGUGCCCUGAGCGCCAAGCCCCAGGACCCCUAUGGAGGAGGGGGCCAGUCGGCCUGGCCUGCCCCAUACAUGGGUUUCUGUGAUGGUGAGAACGACGUACACGGGGAAGUGCUGUCUUUCCCUGGCCCGCUGAAAGAAGAGAAUCUGCUAAAUGUUCCCAAGCCUCUGCCAAAACAGCUGUGGGAGGCCAAGGAGAUUCAGUCCCUGUCAGGGCGCCCUCGGUCCUGUGAUGUUGGAAGCGGCGGUGCUUUUCCACACAACGGCCAAAACAUAGGCCUCUCCCCUUUCCUGGGGACCCUGAAUACCGGGGGGUCGCUGCCAGACCUAACCAACCUCCACUAUUCCGCGCCCCUGCCGGCCUCACUGGACACCAGUGACCACAUCUUUGGUAGUAUGAGUGUGGGGAACAGUGUGGGCAACCUGCCAGCCGCCAUGACUCACCUGGGCAUAAGAAGCUCUUCCGGCCUCCAGAGCUCUCGGAGCAACCCCUCCAUCCAGGCCGCGCUCAGCAAGACUGCACUUUCGUCCUCCCCGAACAGCCACCCACAGACACCCGCGCCCAGCGCCUCUGCCCUUCACCCUUCCCUCCGGCUCUUUUCCCUCAGCAACCCGUCUCUCUCCACCACGGCCCUGAGCGGCCCCUCUCGGCGGCGGCAGCCCCCGGUCAGCCCCCUCACGCUGUCCCCCGGCCCCGAAGCGCAUCAGGGUUUCAGCAGACAGCUGUCGGCCACCAGCCCGCUGAACCCCUAUCCCGCCGCCCAGAUGGUGUCCUCGGAUCGAAGCCCGCUCUCCUUCCUGCCCACAGACGCUCAAACCCAGGUGUCCCCGCCACCCCCUUACCCCACCCCCCAGGAUCUCCCCCAGCCCCUCCUGCAGCAGCCCCAUGCCCAGGAGCCCCCCGCUCAGCAGCCGCAGGUGGCCUCAUCCCUGCCUCCUUCUGGCUUCCAGCUCCUCUCCGCCCAGGGCUCACCUGUGACCAACUUCUUCCCGGAUGUGAGCUUUGACCAGCAGUCCAUGAGGCCAGGCCCGGCCUUUCCUCAACAGGUGCCCCUGGUGGAACAAGGUCCGCGAGAACAGGACGCGUUUCACUUGAGAUCAAACCUGUAUUCCAACUGCGGGAAUUUCCCAAGCACCAUCCUGACAGAAGACUCGAGUACCAGCCUGUUCAAAGACCUCAGCAGUGCGCUGGCGGGCAUGCCCGAGGCCAGCCUGCACACGGACACUCCAUUUCCUCUGGAAGAAGAGCUCCAGAUCGAACCCCUGAGCCUGGACGGACUCAACAUGCUAAGUGACUCCAGCAUGGGCCUGCUCGACCCCUCUGUUGAAGAGACGUUUCGGGCUGACCGACUGUGAACAGAACAGACCAGGACCAGAAUUCUUUUCUGAAGGCGCCGAAAUAGGACGGCACGGAAUGGAGCCAGCUACCCCCCCUGCCCACCGGGCUUGAGUCAUCUCGGGCCUCUGACACAGCAGGAGCCAACGCCAUGACUCCUGGCUUUGCGACGAGGUCCCGUCUCCUACGCCGUGGCUGAUUCUAGACCAGAGAGCCAUGCACGGCCUCACCGGCCUGCGGCGAGGGUUAUGCUCUGCAGGCCGGCUGACCUGACCGGGAGCCUCCCAACGACUCGGUCAUCACCGUGCCCGGUGCGUCUUUUUCUCGGCCCUCUAGUCGGUCCAUGUGUACAAGCAGAAAAGAACCCUGUGAUGGGGGCGGCAGUCGCCUGGUGCUGUGCCCAGAACCACUGAUGUCAGUCAACACUGAAGAUCGGGCCCGGAGCGGAGGCGGUUGGGGGCCACGGGCCUCCGGGAGCUGGCUCAGCCACGAGCAACGGUACCACAGCACCGCGAGGCCGCCUCCGCCCUCGCGCUUCCGGCCGGGCACCCGCCAGCUGGUGGCGGGCGGUCCUGGGGCACGGCAGACGGCCGUGAUCUCGGAGAUGCCUUAAUUCCAAUAUGAAGAAACCUUCCCACGAUUUCAAGCACAGACCCGAGUUUCGCAAACUGAAUGCUCAUUUGUCUUCUCCAAGUAUGUAAUCUCCUUUCUGCUGCUUUGGGACACUCUUCCUGUGGACGAGGGGGGAAAGGGAGGACUAUUUUAUUCAGUCACUGAAAACAAACAAAAGUCCCCUGGUAACAGAUGAGCCCGAAAAGAGGAAAGUGCUUCCUCUUGACGGCUGGGGCGGAAAGCACGGAGGGCAAGACACACGAUGUCUUCCAGAUGAGCUCCAGACAGGUGCCGGCCUCCCCCUCUGCAGUCGGCUGGGAGGGGGUGGCGGGAGGUCUGAGCAGCAAGGUGGGGGGUGGGGGGCUUUCCCUGUGCCAUGGGAGUGUGAAUGUAACCCCGCUAGGCUGAUAGGCUGUAAG